AUGACUCCUGUCGACUUAGACGUAAGAGGUAUUACCCCUGAAUCGAGCGAACCCGAAGAGCAGCCCGAUCCAUUGGAAAAGUUAAGUCGACUAGUUCCUUUCAUAGAAACACAUGAGUUUAACUACACUCAAUAUCUUCAAGAGCCCGAGGAGGAACGAGUUUUGAUUGGAUCAAAUACGCCCUUGUACAUAGCGAAAUACGAUGAGGAAACUGAGAAAAUUAAGUACCGGGCAUACCAUUACCCCGAGCCUCAGCCCCUUAAUUCUUGUGGAAAUAAACAACACCAAAAAUUAUUACCGAAAAAACAUAUUGAAUCGGAAAAAACCAGUGACGAAAAUGAAGAUAUUGUUUACCCACAAAUAUUAGUGGUUGUAGAUCACUCGAUUUACAAAAAAUAUGGGGGAAAUGUAUUUAAAAUAGCCCAAGUCGUAGCAGCUUACUGGAAUAGCGUCGAUCUCUUAUAUAGAACAAUUAAAAGUCCGAAAAUAAGAUUAAACAUUGCAGGUCUUAUCAUUCCAGAGAGUCCAGAAGCAAUUCCUUAUGUCGAAAAAAAUUAUAACCAUGAUCUAGGAAGUAUUGAUACAUCCAAAAUGGAGAAUGAUAUGGUUGAUUAUUUUGCUGAAAAUAGUGAACAUCUAGAUGGAAUUCCUGAGGACUCCUUUGAUGUUGCUUUUCUUAUGACAAAUCGAUUAAACGCACCGAAUUUUUUGGGAACGGCCGUGGGAGAUGUAACAUACACAACAGUUUCAUGGGGAACCGGCGAUUUUGAGCACAAUUCUGAUUCCGUUAAUACUGGCGCACACGAGCUUGCACAUUUAUUAAAAGCAGAUCACGAUUGGGAAAAAGGUUGUCUUCAAUCUCCUAACAUUAUGGGGAAUCCUGAAGGAAAAUCUGCCUUCACUUGGUCUCAAUGUUCACUUCGUGAUAUGAUAGAAUUUGUCAAGUACAGUCCCCGGGAAUAUGAAGAAGAUUGUUCAGUUCUGUUUUGUGCAAGUAGAAAUGCCGAAACUGAUUAUGAAGCAGAAGAAAUAAAAACCAAACAGCCACCCCUGGACGGUACAAGUUGCGGCUGUGGCAAGAUAUGCUUCCAAGGAAAGUGCGUGGAUGACCAGGAAUAA